AUGUUUGGGGAAGAAAAUUUACAAUUUGAUGAUGAUAGUAUGGAUGUGGAUUAUGAGGAUAAAGAAAAUAGUGAGACGAUAGAUAAUUUAAAAGUUGAUGUAAAUAAGGGAAUUAAAAUGGCAGAACCUGCGUGGUCAUCUUUAAUUCUUUCUGAAACAGAGGCUUUAAAUGAUGUUCAAAAUAUUAUUAUGGAAUGGAUACAAUUUAAUGAAGCAAAUAGUAUUAUUUGGACAGUGGAAAGCAAAUUAAAUAAUAUGAUUUUAUAUAAUUUAAAUCAGGAAUUUAAUAUUCUUUAUUGCUUUAAAAAAAUUAGUAAAAUUUCUCAUUCAUAUCUUGAAUAUAUAAUGAAUACAAUUUCAUAUUUUCCGAUAGAUAUUUUCUCUUACUUUGAUAAUUUAAAUUUUGAAGCAGAUUUUGAAGAUAAAAUAUCUUAUUGUUCAAGGUUUAUUGAUAUUUCAAUAAUUGGUUUACAAAUAAUUACCUCACGUGUUGGUUUAAAAUUGAAUAAUGAAGAAUUUUUAGAAACUGUCUUUGAUUGUUUUGUAAAGUUAAUUUAUAAAGUUGAUGAAUAUUGCAAAAAUUGUGAAAAAAAUAAUUUAAAAGAGAUAAAUUUUUUGAAAGGGAAAUUAUUUACAGUAUUUGAAUUGUAUGGAAAUUUUUUUAAACAUGCAAAAGGUUACAUUGGAUUUGCAAGUAAAGUUUUAAACGAAUUAGCAUAUAUGUUUUUAAAUAUAUUUGAAGAUUCAUUUAAACUUCCUAUUAACAAGUGUCUUACAACUAUCUUUCGAAAUUCGGAGGAUCAAUGUCAAAUUUUGACAGAACUAAUUUUAAAUUCAACUGUUUCAACACAAUUUGAAAAUGAAACAGAAAGAGAGGAGGGAAGUGAUUUUACAGUACUGCUACUAAAUUUAAUUCAAAGUAUUCUCCAUACUGAGGAAGAUGAUAAUGAGUAUGACUUUGAUGAUAACAUUGAAAAUGCCGUAAAUGCUUUGUUGGUAAAAUUUUGGAGAGCUGAAAAGUUAAUUGACGUCAUCAUGUCAACAUUUUUGAUAAAAAUGAAACAAAAAGAUAUUGAGAAGGUUGAACGUUUAUCAAUGUUAAAAUUUGUCAGGGAACUAAUAAAGUUACUUUUUAAACCAGAAUGGCCUGCAUCUGAAAGAUUUUUAAUAUCAUUAGCUAAAAAAUUGUCAUAUAAUUUUUUACAUAGUGAUAAUGAUAUCGUUGUACGAUGUAUGUGUAUCGAAAUAUCUUCUGAGUUAUGUAAAAUGAUUGUAAAAGAAAAUUUAUAUGAUUUAAACAAAUUUGGAGAUAUUUUUUCUAGAAAAUUAGAUGAGAUUAAAAAUCGUCAAUAUGAAAGUUUGUCUAUGGUUAAAAAAAAUGUAUUAAAGUCAUUGAAGGCGACACCAUUACAAUAUUGUUUAUUUUCAAGUGUUGUUACUGAUUAUUUAAAUAAAUCUGAUAAUAAUCAAUCAGUUUACAAUUUCAAAUUGUCAAGAUAUUAUCAUAUUGGUGAAUGUUUAGAUUUCAUAAAUAGAGAACAUAAUAAUACUAUAGAUAAUGAUGGAUUAAAUGAGAGAACCAAAAAUAAAAUGAAAAAAAUGAUUGGAAAUAUGAAUAAAUUUUUUAUUUGGAAUUUAAAAAAUCUUUUUCAAUUUAGUGAUUGUGAAGAAUAUUUGGGAAUGACGAAAUCUGAAGUAGAGAUGGCAAAUAAAAUGGUAAUUGUUCAAAGAGAAAUAAAUGAAUAUGUUCGUAAUUUUUUUAAAGUAGUUGUAUCAUGUUUAAGAAAAGAAAUUCCUCUUCAAUUACGUGUUACAACAACAAAAUGUUUAAGUUCAAUUUUUGAACUUAACUAUGAUCUUAUUAAUAUGCCUUUGUUACUUCCUUUUAUGACUUUUAGGGCUCUAGAUUUAAGUGCACAAUCAAGAGAAGUUCAUGUAGAUUUUUUGGCUAAAUGUAUAUCAAAAAGACCUGAUUUAAUGAAGAAAUAUUUUCAUAUUUUUUAUGGACGUUUAAAUGACCAGAAUAUUAGUGUAAGAAAAGCUGUUAUAUCAUCAUUGUCUAUUCUUUUACCUGUUAUGGAAGAUAAAUUAAAAAUUGAAGUUAUUAAAGAUGUCCUUGUAAUGCCAAAAGAGGAACAAACUAUACUAAAAGAAAUUGUACAAUUUUUAAAAAAUAGAUGGUUUAAAGAGGAAUAUGCGCUUGAGAUUCCAAGUGAUAUUUUUAAUGAAAUUAAGUCAGUUGCAUCACAUUGUAAUAAUGAUGAAAAAAAGGUUUCUUUUUGUCAGAUUGUUGAAUGUAUAGAAGAUACGGAUUGUAUUUUAGUUCAAAAAAUUAUGAAACAAUUUGUAAAAUAUUUUUGGAAUCAAAUUUCAUAUCAUCUUGAAGAUAAUCAUACAACAAAAAAUGAAAAUUUAUCAGAAUGUCUUUCAGCUCUUAAUUUGAUAAGUAAAGUACUUCCAGAUUUGUUUAUAGAUUUUAUUGAUCUUACAUUACCUUAUAUACAAUUAUUUAUGAGUGAUGAGUUGCUUAAAAAAAAUGUCUUAGAUUUAGUGGAGAUAAUUUGUAAUACAAUAUGUUCUUUAAAAAUUGCUUUAAAUAAAACAACAAUGGAUUCAUUAGAAAAGUCAUUGUGUAGUCUUAUGUUAAUUAAAGAUUACAAUUUAUGGGAUAGAUCAAUAAAAACUUUAGGUAAGAUGGAUAUGAUAUCUCAAAAAACGACAGAUAAACCAAUUAAAUAUGUAACUAAAUGUAUUGAACAUUUUAAUGAACAUAACAUAACAAGUUCAGAUGCAAAUUUAAGAAUUAUGAUUUAUCAUUUUGGACUUUUUAUAAGAUAUUAUCAUAUAUCUUUUUUUAAAAGAUGUACAUACUUAGAGGAUAUGAAACAUGAUGAAUUUGUUAAACAAAAACUUAUAUCAUUUUUAUUUAAAUUUUCAAAGAAUUGUAAAGAUCCCUUAAUGAUAAAAGCAGUAGUUAAAAGUUUGACAGAAGCAUUGAUAGCUUAUCCAAAAUAUUUUAUUGAAGAAAAGAUUCUCAACUUUUUUAAACAAUAUUUAGAUGGAUCACCAGAAAACUUUUUAACUUGUAGUGUUAUUGUAAAAGCUUUAUAUGAAGUUAUAAAAAACGACGACAAAGUGUCAGAAAUUCAGGCUGAAGCUGAUAAGAACUUUAAAAUAUUAAAUUUAGAAGAGGAUUCUUUACCUUUCAAAAUAAUGAGUGCAUAUUAUUAUUUAAUAUUGGGUAUUUAUUUUAAAAUUGAUUCAACUACUCGUGUAGAUUGUUAUAAGUUAAUUUCAUUGAAUGUAUUGACUGGAAUUAUAAAUCCACAUGAUAGUAUUAGAUAUCUGGUAGCAUCUUUGUGUGAUUCUAAGCUUAUUAUUGAAAAUGAAGUUUUAAGCUUACUUUUAAAUGUUGAACGAAAAUCGCCUAAAACUUUCUUACAAUUUAUUAUUGAGGGUAUGGUUCAAGGAAGAAAUAUUUUACUUCAAAAUGAUUCUGAAAUAACAUUCAGAGGAUUUUAUUUGAAGGCAGAUAAAAACAAAAAUAUUAAAAAAAGUUCAAGAAGUAUGGAAGUUACCAGCUAUUUCAACAUUGUAUAUAAAUUUAUAUUAAAAUAUAAAUAUUAUAAAAAUUCAUUUUUCAAGAAUAUUUUAGAAGAAAUUUCAGUUAUUUCAAGAAGUUAUGAUAUAAUCAGGGAAAAAAUGUUUAUUGUUGAUAGUAUAGCUACAUUAAAUUACAAAGAGACUGAUUCAUUAAAAUUUAUUGUCGAGAAGUGUGGUUCAAUUUUAGAUGUUUCUGGUUCAGAGUACUUAAAAUAUAUUGGCAAUAUACUAGAGACGGAUUCAAAAUUUAAAGAAUCACUUAAAGAUCCUUACACAUUUAAUGAAGUUUUAAGAGUUUUAAAAAGUUUAGAUGAAGAAAAGUUAUUACAGUUAGUUAACUAUGUUAUGGAAAGUUAUUCAUUUGCUGUUUUGUGUGAAUUGCGUUCUUAUCUUUUAAAACGUUAUAAAAUAAAAGAUGAUGAUGAAGGUGAAAUUAAGUUACGUGGAUUAAAUGAAUUAGAUCUUCCAAUUAUAAAUUACAAGCAUAUUUUUAAUUUUCAAAUGCCUCUACUUGAUGGUGGCUUAAAAACUUUAUCAGAGUAUAUUUGCUAUUUUUAUUCAUCCAUCUACGAACUUGAUUAA